AUGCUAAAAAGGAAACAGAGUUCCAGGGUGGAAGCCCAGCCAGUUACAGAUUUUGGUCCCGAUGAAUCUUUGUCAGACAAUGCAGAUAUUCUGUGGAUUAACAAACCUUGGGUGCACUCUUUACUACGAAUUUGUGCCAUCAUCAGUGUUAUUUCUGUGUGUAUGAACACUCCAAAAACCUUCGAGCAUUAUCCGCCUCUCCAGUAUGUGACAUUUGCUCUUGAUACUCUGUUGAUGUUUCUUUACACUGCAGAGAUGAUAGCAAAAAUGCAUAUCCGUGGGAUAGUUAAGGGUGAUAGCUCCUAUGUAAAGGAUCGUUGGUGUGUGUUUGAUGGCUUCAUGGUCUUUUGUCUUUGGGUGUCACUGGUUUUACAGGUGUUUGAAAUAGCUGAAAUAGUUGACCAAAUGUCACCUUGGGGCAUGUUACGGAUUCCACGACCGCUCAUUAUGAUUCGAGCAUUCCGAAUAUAUUUUCGUUUUGAGCUGCCAAGAACUAGGAUAACAAAUAUCCUGAAGCGUUCUGGAGAGCAAAUAUGGAGCGUUUCAAUUUUCCUUCUGUUCUUUCUUCUCCUGUAUGGGAUCCUGGGAGUGCAAAUGUUUGGAACUUUUACGUACCAUUGUGUGACUGAUGACACUCAGCCAGGAAAUGUAACCUGGAAUAAUUUAGCUAUCCCAGACACCCACUGUUCCAGAGAGCUAGAAGAAGGUUACCAGUGCCCGCCUGGAUUUAAAUGCAUGGACCUUGAAGAUCUGGGACUAAGCAGGCAAGAGCUGGGCUACAGUGGCUUUAAUGAGAUAGGCACAAGCAUAUUUACUGUUUAUGAAGCUGCUUCUCAGGAAGGCUGGGUGUUCCUUAUGUACCGAGCAAUUGACAGUUUUCCCCGAUGGCGUUCAUAUUUCUAUUUCAUCACCUUAAUUUUCUUUCUGGCCUGGCUUGUUAAGAAUGUUUUUAUUGCAGUCAUCAUUGAAACAUUUGCAGAAAUUAGAGUGCAGUUCCAGCAGAUGUGGGGAUCCAGGAGCAGUACUACUUCAACCGCCACCACCCAGAUGUUUCAUGAAGAUGCUGCUGGAGGUUGGCAGCUUGUGGCUGUUGAUGUGAAUAAACCCCAAGGCAGAGCUCCUGCAUGUCUACAGAAAAUGAUGAGGUCAUCUGUGUUUCAUAUGUUCAUACUAAGCAUGGUUGCUGUCGAUGUGAUUGUUGCUGCUAGCAACUACUAUAAAGGAGAAAAUUUCAAGAGACAAUAUGAUGAAUUUUACCUUGCUGAGGUUGCUUUUACAGUUCUGUUUGAUUUAGAAGCUCUUCUGAAGAUCUGGUGUUUGGGUUUCACAGGAUACAUCAGCUCAUCUCUUCACAAGUUUGAGUUGCUGCUUGUAAUCGGAACCACUCUCCAUAUUUAUCCAGACCUUUAUCACUCUCAAUUUACAUAUUUUCAGGUUCUUAGAGUAGUUCGGCUUAUAAAGAUUUCUCCGGCUUUGGAAGAUUUUGUGUAUAAGAUAUUUGGACCAGGAAAAAAACUUGGGAGUUUGGUAGUAUUUACUGCCAGCCUUUUGAUUGUAAUGUCAGCAAUCAGUUUACAGAUGUUUUGCUUUGUGGAAGAGCUGGAUAGAUUUACAACCUUUCCAAGGGCAUUCAUGUCAAUGUUUCAGAUUCUCACACAGGAGGGAUGGGUGGAUGUCAUGGAUCAGACACUGAAUGCUGUAGGGCAUAUGUGGGCACCAGUAGUUGCUAUUUAUUUUAUACUAUAUCAUCUUUUUGCUACUCUGAUUCUACUCAGCUUGUUUGUUGCUGUUAUUUUGGACAACCUGGAACUUGAUGAAGAUCUAAAAAAACUUAAACAACUAAAGCAAAGUGAAGCUAAUGCAGAUACAAAGGAGAAGCUUCCCUUGCGUCUACGCAUCUUUGAAAAAUUUCCAAACAGGCCACAAAUGGUGAAAAUCUCAAAGCUUCCUUCAGAUUUCACAGUUCCAAAAAUAAGGGAAAGUUUUAUGAAGCAGUUUAUUGAUCGCCAGCAACAAGACACCAGCUGUUUGCUGCGAAGGCUUCCUUCAGCAUCUUCUUCCUCAUGUGACCACUCUAAAAGAUCAGCAAUUGAAGAAAACAGAUAUAUUGAUCAAAAGCUCCGUAAAUCUGUUUUCAGCAUCAGAGCAAGAAACCUUCUGGAAAAAGAGACAGCAAUCAAUAAAAUUCUAAGGGCCUGCACUAGACAACGUAUGCUGAGCGGAUCAUUUGAAGGGCAGCCAGCAAAGGAAAGGUCAAUACUUAGUGUCCAGCAUCAUAUACGACAAGAACGCAGGUCACUGAGACAUGGUUCGAACAGCCAGCGAAUCAGCAGAGGAAAAUCUCUUGAAACAUUGACUCAAGAUCACUCCAACACAGUGAGAUACAGAAAUGCACAGAGGGAAGACAGUGAGAUAAAGAUGAUCCAAGAAAAAAAGGAACAAGCUGAAAUGAAAAGGAAAGUCCAGGAGGAGGAGCUGCGAGAGAAUCACCCAUAUUUUGAUAAACCCCUUUUCAUAGUUGGCCGUGAGCACAGAUUCAGGAACUUCUGCCGAGUGGUGGUACGGGCUCGCUUCAAUGCUUCUAAAACAGAUCCUGUUACUGGAGCUGUGAAAAAUACCAAAUACCAUCAGCUUUAUGACUUGCUGGGUUUGGUUACUUACCUGGACUGGGUCAUGAUCAUUGUUACAAUAUGCUCCUGCAUUUCCAUGAUGUUCGAAUCCCCUUUUAGAAGAGUUAUGCAUGCUCCAACGCUCCAGAUUGCUGAAUAUGUUUUUGUAAUAUUCAUGAGCAUUGAGCUUAAUCUGAAGAUUAUGGCAGAUGGCUUGUUCUUUACACCAACAGCUGUCAUUAGGGACUUUGGAGGAGUUAUGGACAUAUUUAUAUAUCUUGUGAGUUUGAUAUUCCUCUGCUGGAUGCCUCAGAACGUCCCUGCCAAAUCCGGAGCUCAGCUCUUAAUGGUGCUCCGCUGCCUCCGACCUCUUCGAAUUUUCAAACUGGUCCCUCAGAUGAGGAAAGUGGUGCGAGAGCUGUUUAGUGGCUUUAAGGAAAUCUUUUUGGUUUCUAUUCUUCUGCUGACAUUAAUGCUUGUUUUCGCAAGCUUUGGAGUGCAGCUAUUUGCUGGAAAACUGGCUAAAUGCAAUGACCCUCACAUAAUCUCUAGGGAAGAUUGUCAUGGCAUCUUCAGAAUAAAUGUAAGUGUUUCCAAAAAUCUCAAUUUAAAGUUAAGACCUGGAGAGAAAAAGCCUGGAUUUUGGGUGCCACGAGUCUGGGCAAAUCCUCGGAAUUUUAAUUUUGACAAUGUGGGCAAUGCAAUGCUGGCACUAUUUGAAGUUCUGUCAUUAAAAGGCUGGGUGGAAGUCAGAGAUGUUAUUAUUCAUCGUGUUGGGCCGAUCCAUGGAAUCUACAUCCAUGUUUUUGUAUUCCUUGGCUGCAUGAUUGGAUUGACCCUUUUUGUUGGAGUUGUCAUCGCCAAUUUUAAUGAAAACAAGGGGACAGCUUUGCUGACUGUAGAUCAGAGACGAUGGGAAGAUCUGAAAAGCAGACUGAAGAUAGCACAACCUCUUCAUCUCCCACCUCGUCCGGAUAACGAUGGCUUUAGAGCGAAGAUGUAUGAUAUAACUCAGCAUCCAUUUUUUAAGAGGACUAUUGCUGUACUAGUUCUGGCCCAGUCUGUGUUGUUAUCAGUUAAGUGGGAUGCUGCAGAUCCAGUGACGGUGCCUUUAGCAACAAUGUCUGUUGUUUUCACCUUCAUUUUUGUCCUUGAGGUCACAAUGAAGAUUAUUGCCAUGUCACCUUCUGGCUUCUGGCAAAGCAGAAGAAAUCGGUAUGAUCUCUUGGUGACAUCUCUUGGAGUUAUAUGGGUCAUACUUCACUUUGCCUUACUGAAUGCAUACACAUACAUGAUGGGGGCAUGUGUAAUUGUCUUCAGGUUUUUCUCCAUUUGUGGGAAGCAUGUAACACUAAAAAUGCUUCUCCUGACUGUGGUUGUCAGCAUGUACAAAAGUUUCUUCAUCAUAGUGGGAAUGUUCUUACUGCUUCUUUGUUAUGCUUUCGCUGGAGUGGUGUUAUUUGGUACAGUGAAAUAUGGAGAGAACAUUAACAGACAUGCAAAUUUUUCAUCAGCUGGCAAGGCUAUUACUGUACUCUUCAGAAUAGUUACUGGAGAAGACUGGAACAAAAUUAUGCAUGAUUGCAUGGUUCAGCCUCCAUUUUGUACACCGGAUAACAGCACCUACUGGAAAACAGACUGUGGAAAUUAUGCUGGUGCUCUAAUGUAUUUCUGUUCUUUCUAUGUCAUCAUUGCAUACAUCAUGCUAAAUUUGCUUGUUGCUAUCAUUGUGGAGAAUUUCUCAUUGUUUUACUCAACUGAAGAAGAUCAGCUUUUAAGUUAUAAUGAUCUAAGGCAUUUUCAAAUUAUAUGGAACAUGGUUGAUGACAAAAGAGAGGGUGUAAUCCCUACCUUCCGAGUGAAAUUCCUGCUGAGGCUUCUGCGAGGCAGGCUGGAGGUGGAUCUUGACAAGGACAAGCUGCUGUUCAAGCACAUGUGUUAUGAAAUGGAGCGUCUCCAUAAUGGUGGUGAUGUCACUUUUCAUGACGUGCUCAGCAUGCUUUCAUACAGGUCUGUUGAUAUCAGAAAAAGUCUUCAGCUGGAGGAGCUGCUUGCUAGGGAACAACUGGAAUAUACCAUAGAAGAGGAGGUGGCCAAACAGACCAUACGAAUGUGGCUGAAAAAGUGCUUAAAGCGAAUCAGAGCAAAACAGCAGCAGUCAUGCAGCAUUAUCCACAGCCUACGAGAGAGCCAACAGCAGGAGUUGAGCCGAUUUCUGAAUCCUCCCAGCAUUGAGACAACACAGCCAAGUGAAGAUAUGAAUGCUAUUAAUCAAGAUAACAGUGCACAGCCAGAGACAAGUAGCCAGCAGCAGCUGCUUAGCCCGACACUUUCUGACAGAGGUGGCUAUAGACAAGACACUGGAGAUGCUGGGAAACCUCAGCGGAAAUUUGGACAAUGGCGCUUGCCAUCAGCCCCCAAACCAAUAAGCCAUUCAGUGUCUUCAGUCAACCUCCGUUUUGGUGGACGUUCAACUAUGAAAUCUGUUGCAUGCAAAAUUAAUCCAAUGUCUGAUGCUGCUUCCUGUGGAUCAGAAGUCAAGAAAUGGUGGACAAGACAAUUAACUGUGGAGAGUGAUGAGAGUGGAGAGGACCUUCUUGAUAUCUGA